AUGUCUGCGAAUCCAAAUGGUAUUCGCGUUGCUCUGGAUGGCGCCACCUCGCCAAAUUAUACUCUUUCGAGACUAGAUACGCCUGUGGGUCUAAGCAAAACACAAGGUCGUCCGUCGUCUCAGUUUCUCCUCCCUCCCACCAUUACUCCCACACCUGCACGUACUUCCCGCACAAUCACCAUGAAUCCAAGUACCCCUACUCCCACCUCACGUAACCAUAGCGACAAGACCAAAGGCAAACGCAAAGCCGAAGACAUAGACACCACACCGCCCGAGCAGAAAAAGGACGUGCAGCGCACAACUUUCGCCAUCCCAGAGAGUAACCGAAGUCAAAAGCUCUCUGCUUCAUCACACGCGCCAUCAUCGUAUCACCGCAAGCGCGCCCGCAUAUCGUCCUCUCCUUUCGGUACCCCCAUCCAUUCGCGGCCCGUAUCCAUCCAGGGCCAGAGCACGAAUUCAGAACUGAUGCCUGAGGUGCGCAAGUUCGGUUCCUGGUCGAGCCAAAUGAGCGCCCGUAUCCUCUCCAGUCCCAGUGCACCGUCUCGUCCCGCGUCCACUCGUUCAUUCCGUCCCCAACAAACUCCAAACAAAACCUCUGUCACCAACUCAAUUGCCCAGAAUCAGAAUUACGUGAGACGUCAAAGUACGUCUCAGGCGUCUAUCCCUAUCAGUGCGCUCGUCUCCCCGCAUGCUCCUUCGAUCGUGCCUUCUGGAAAGUUUCAUAUGCGAGACCCUAGACGCCCCCCGAAGAAACUUGCAGAUACGCCCUGGGCGCUGCAUUUUCGUGGGGAGGAUGAGCCUGGGUCGCCUGUGCAUGCGUGGUGUUUCUUUGUGGGAUUCGUUUUGUUUCCUGUCUGGUGGAUUGCUGCGCUCUUUCUCCGCACGCCGCGCACGCGUGUUGUUGGUGACGAGAAGGGAGUUUCACUGGAUGAUCCACAGAUCGAGCAUGAUGCAAAAGCAUGGCGGUUCCGGUGCCGCGUCAUGUCUGUAGUGUCACUAUUUACAUACACCCCCUUCAUCAUUCUGGUGGUCUUCUUUGUCCGACGAUAG